CAUCCAUGAAACCAUUCUAGACCGGCUUAGGCGGCAACAAAAACGCCUGACAUUUUCAUCUAGCCGGCAUUUGUGGUAGUCCGGCCAAGAAUCCGGUUUGGCUGAUCGAUCUACAAGUUUCUACCGAACACUAACAGAGUAUAAAUUCAUGAUUCACUCAGAGAAGCAGGAAAUGAGGUUUAAUCGCCUCCACCAAGAGAUAAAUAAUCCUGAUGAUGAAACUACUAUUAAGCCAUUUUCAGUUUCAACUAGUCAAAAAUGGAAAAUUAGGCUACAUUCAGCUUCAUUCUGGAGGAAGAUAUCGGUGAUCGUAUGUAUGAUUGCAGUCUCAAUGGAUCCAUUGUUCUUUUACAUUCCAUUUCUUGAUCAUUCAAAAUUCUGCCUCAAGAAAGACAAAAGGCUGAGGACCGUGGUCUUCAUUACGCGAUCACUCUCAGAUUUCACCUUCCUACUGCAUAUCGUAUAUCAACUUCUUGAAGCUGCGAAGGCAGUGGCCUCUGAGUCCAAGCACAAGAUGUUACAGAGAGACAAAAACUCAAGAGUACUCUUCAACUGGUUUGGACACGCCAAGGCAAUAGCUAACAAGUUAUCAUGGAGCUCUUUCCUAACUGACAUUUUAGCUAUUCUUCCAAUUCCACAAGUGCUAAUAUUAGAUCUCUUUUAUUCUCCCAAUUAUGGAUUUUCACAGAACAAAAUGACUUUGAAUUACUUGCUUCUUGCGCAAUACGUUCCAAGAACAUAUCGGAUCUUCACUUCAUCUAAGAUGUUCAGGAAAAACAGUAGCGUGUGGGUCAAAUCUGCAUUCUAUUUUUUUAUGUACAUCCUCUCAAGUCAUGUAAUCGGAGCCUUUUGGUACUUUAGUACUAUUCUAAUGGAGUUAGUAUGUUGGAAAAUAGCCCUGGGAGGAAAUGCUAAAUUCCAAUGUCAUGAAAGUGGAAUAUCCGAUGAAGAUCCUCAAUCUAAAAUCAAUCAUACGAAAAUUUAUGCAAGUUGCAGAAAUUUUACGGGAGAUUCAGGUUAUGAUUACGGAUUGUUUCGGAAGACAGUUCAAACCGGCUACACAGGAUCUACACGUACAAGAUUUCAAGAAAAGUUAUUUUACUUUGUGUGGUGGGGACUUAAAAAUAUAAGUAACUUUGGAACAAACAUUGAUACAAGUGAGUUCAUUUGGGAAAAUUGCUUUGCCAUUCUUGUUUCUGGUAUUGGACUGGUGCUAUUUGCUUUACUCAUUGGAAAUAUGCAGCUGUGUAUGCAAUCAUCGGAGGACAAGAAUGUGGCAACUGAUAAGGUGCAAAUGAAAGAGCAAGAACUUCAAGAAUGGAUGGACAAAAAUGGCCUCCCUGAGAAGUUGGGUAAAGACGCUGAGAAGUUGAGGAUAGAGAUCAUGACAAAGAUAACAGAAAACUUGAAGGACGGCCAAAAUGCUCAAGUACAAAACUUGUUCUCUCUUCUUCCCUGGAAUACCGUAAAAGAUCUCAAACUUUCAGUCUGCACGAGUAUGCUAAAGAAAGUACAAAGGCUCAAACUUAUGGAUGAAAGAGGAUUGAGACUGAUCUGCCAGUAUCUGAAGCCAGUGACCUACACUGAGAAAACAUUUGCUUUUCGAAUGGGAGAGCCACUUGAUAGCAUGCUCUUUAUCAUGGAAGGUAUUAUGUUGGUCUACCCGAAUAAUACUACUACUACUACUAAAACUGAUCAUGAAGUUGGAAGAGCAAAUGUAGGUUCCCCAUCGACAAUCCGGUGCUCCCUCGAGAACGGUGAUGUCUAUGGAGAUGAACAACUCUUGAGCUGGGCAUCACCACUGGAUAUGUCCGAUAUUUCUUAUGCAGACCUUCCUGUAUUGACCGAAAAUGUAAAAUGUCUUUCAGAAGUAGAAGGGUUCGUUCUCAAUGCCAAGGACUUGAAAUAUGUAGUCUCUGUAUAUAACUUACAGGAGAAUCACAAUAGUUCCGUCCAUCUGGUGGUGGAAGUGGAACGUUCUACGACUUCUUUCUCAAGAGAACCAUCAACAAUACGUCGCGAUCACAUUAAUCCUAGUCCACGGCAAGGCACAGACGGCGCUCAGGGAUGAGGAAACAGAAAUUAUUGAAGCUUCAAACCAACAACUACUGAAAUGUCCUAUACUGUGUGGGAGAUUGCAAUUUGGUUCAGCCACAUACCUGCAGCUUGGCUACUUUGUAG